CUCCUGCCAAGGGCAGCAAAUCUCCGGCCAAGGCGGGCGAGGCGGGCGGCGGCGGGACAGACGCCAAGAUGGUGGCGUCGGGCCUGACGGAAAACCAGCUGCAGCUGUCGGUAGAGGUGCUGACGUCUCACUCCUGCUCGGAGGAGGGGCUGGAGGAUGCAGCCAACGUCCUGCUCCAGCUGUCGCGGGGCGACUCGCCCACCCGGGACACGGUGCUGCGGCUCCUGCUCAGUGGGGCCCGCCAGCUGGGCUACACCCUCUGCAAGCAGAUCGGCACCCUGCUGGCGGAGCUGCGCGAGUACAACCUGGAGCAGCAGCGGCGGGCGCAGUGCGAGCUGCUCUCCCCCGACGGGCUCCCCGACGAGCAGCCCCAGACCACCAAGCUGAAGGGCAAGAUGCAGAGCCGGUUCGACACGGCGGAGAACGUGGUGAUCGUGGCCUCCCAGAAGCGGCCCCUGGGCGGGCGGGAGCUGCAGCUCCCCUCCAUGUCCAUGCUGACCUCCAAGACCUCCACCCAGAAGUUCUUCCUGCGCGUGCUGCAGGUCAUCAUCCAGCUGCGGGACGACACGCGCCGCGCCAACAAGAAGGCCAAGCAGACGGGCCGGCUAG